AUGAAGGCCAAUGUUUCCCAUCAUGGCGAGCCAGAAGUUGAGCAAGCCAAAGCAUCAAUUCCAAGCCAUCAACCUGCCGCCGACGUUACGUCGGCAGACAUCGAUGAUGCAGCUCAAGCUACACAUCUUGAGCAUGAGAUGGGGUUUCUUGGGUCUCUGAAGAUAUAUCGCAAAGGGGUGGCCUGGUCAAUAAUGUUGUCAACCGCCAUUGUCAUGGAAGGCUUUGAUCUCGUCCUUCUCAGCGGCCUUCUGGGGUUUCCCGCGUUCGAAGAGAAAUACGGUGCUCUCCAAGCAGACGGCAGCUAUGAACUCUCAGCUCAAUGGCAGACUGGCCUGUCCAUGGGCUCAAUGGUUGGCCAGAUCAUUGGUCUUUUUCUCAACGGCUAUAUCGCAGACCGCUUUGGAUACCGCAAAACCAUGAUGGCAGGACUCGCGUCAAUCGCUGCGUUCAUAUUCAUUCCGUUCUUUGCGCAAAACAUUGUAACGUUCUUCUUCGGUCAGGUCCUUCUUGGUAUACCUUUUGGCAGUUUCCAGGCUGUAGCUUGUACCUAUGCUGCCGAAGUCGUUCCAACACAAUUGCGAGCCUAUCUGACCACGUACAUUAAUCUUUGCUGGGUUUUUGGACAAAUCUUAGGAUCCGGUAUCCUCCGUGCCCUUGUACACAGGACUGAUACUUGGGGGUACAAAAUUCCCAUCGCUGUGCAGUGGUUCUGGCCGCUUCCCCUGUUCGUAGGCUGCAUCUUCGUGCCUGAGUCGCCAUGGUGGCUUGUACGACAAGGACGAACUGAAGAAGCCAAACGUUCACUCGGUCGACUGACCAGUGGGACGGAUUCCACCUACAGCAUUGAAAAGACCGUAGCUAUGAUAACUUACACUAUCGAUUUAAACAAGGCGACGUCUAGCGGUACUUCCUAUCUCGAAUGUUUCAGGGGUGUCAAUCUCCGCCGCACUGAGCUGGUCUGUAUGUCAUGGAUGAUCUCAGUCUUGAGCGGUUCGCCUUUGAUGGGCUAUUCAAGCUAUUUUUACCAACAGGCUGGGCUUGAUGUCAGCAACUCUUUUACCAUGACCGUUGCGCAAUACUGCUUAGGAGCUAUAGGUACAUUUUGUUCAUGGUUUCUGAUGGGCCGGGCCGGUCGACGCACUAUCUAUUUAUAUGGCUUGGCAACCAUGUGCGUUACAUUGCUCACGAUCGGAUUCACCUCUCUGGCGGGCAGAUCGAACAUCGCCGCGCAAUGGACCAUCGGAUCAUUACUCCUGGUGUAUACUUUCCUGUAUGACUGCACUGUCGGGCCGGUAGCCUACACGCUCGUGUCUGAGUUGCCAUCGUCGCGUUUGAGGACGAAAUCGGUCGUCCUGGCAAGAAAUAUGUAUCAGAUCGUGAAUAUCAUUUCAACCAUCAUUACGCCGCCCAUGUUGAAUCCCACAGCCUGGAACUGGGGCGCAAAAAGCGGAUUUUUCUUUGCGGGAACUUGUUUCCUGUGUCUCGUCUGGACCUUCCUUAGGUUGCCAGAACCAAAAGGAAGGACAUUCGCCGAGCUAGAUGUGCUGUUUGAAUCCGGAGUUCCUGCUCGGAAGUUUCGAACUACCGCGGUUGCGGAGGUCGAUCCGGCAGGCCUGGCUAAAGAAUCCUUUGCCGUCCACGUGGAGAGAACUACACCUAGCCCUUGA